GGUUCUCACCGACAACCGCAACCUCAAGAAAUGGGAAAAGUUCACGGAUCGCUCGCCCGUGCCGGCAAAGUCAAAUCGCAAACACCAAAGGUCGAGAAGCAGGAGAAGAAAAAGACACCAAAGGGCCGUGCUAAGAAACGCAUUCUCUACAACCGCCGAUUCGUGAACGUAACAACACUACCUGGAGGAAAGCGGAGAAUGAACCCCAACCCUGAGAAGUAAACAAAAAGCUUCUCGUUAGAGCUUGACAUGGGGAACUUACGCUAUCACGGCGAGAUGGAGGGUUGCUGAACGUCGUAGGAUUUUGGGGGCGCUGUAUUAUUUCCCUCUCUCUUUUUUUAGUUGCGUCAUUCACCCAGCAUGCACCCAUGUUCUUAUAUGCCCAAUCCAUCAUAUGAUCCACUGCA